CAGUGGUCCUUGGAUGACGCUACAGCACCACCUGCGGUGAUGUGCAACGUAGCCAUUCGAAAAGCAAUGGCGACCGCCGCAAGCUACGACUUCGUCAUCCCGGCCGACCGCAUCGCGCAGCGCCCGCGGCCCUUUGGCUCGCAGAAGCUGCUCGUCUACCGCAAGGCCAACCAUGGCAUCGAGCACACGACGUUCGAGGCGCUGCCAUCGCUCCUCACGCCCGGCGACCUUCUCGUGCUCAACGAUACGCGUGUUGUGCCGGCGCAAGUCCGCUUGACGACGCCAGUCGAUGGCUGCGCCAGCCUCCUCUUCCUCGACCCGCUCCGCGCCGAGCACACAUCGAUGGACGUGCUCCUCAGCGCGCCGUUGCCGCUUGGCACGAUCCUGUCGCUGCCCGAUGGCCUCACCUUCCGCGUCGACACGCUCGUCGGUGGCGUGCCCGAGGUGCACACAGGUACGCUCUUUGGCCUGACGCACGAGCCGCUGCAUACGUACCUUGCGCGCGUCGGCGAGAUGCCGUUGCCGCCAUACGUCGCCCGUGUGCCCGACAAGGAGGACGAGGCGGCCUACCAAACCUCGGUGGCCAGCACACCCGGCGCGAUCGCGGCGCCAACGGCGGGCCUGCACUUUUACCCGGCCUUGCUGCAGAAGCUCUCGGACGCCGGCAUCGACCACGUCUGCGUCACGCUUCAUGUUGGCUACGGCACCUUCCGCAGCUUUGCGAGCGAGUUUGUCGAGCAGCACCGCAUGGACCGCGAGCGCUACCACGUGAGCAGCGCGACGCGGGCAUCGAUCCGCAAGGCGCGCGCCGAGGGCCGCCGCGUCAUCGCGGUGGGGACGACCGCCACGCGCGUGCUCGAGACCAUUGGCGCUGGCUUUGAUGACGCGUCCACUGCGCCGCUCGAGGGCGAAUCCGGCAUUUUCAUCUACCCCCCCUACACCUUUCAAGUGCUCGACGGACUCUUCACCAACUUUCACUACCCCAAGACGUCGGUGCUGACGCUGACGGCAGCGUUUUGUGGGUCCCGCGAAGUGCUUCUCGACACCAUCUACAAGGAGGCGAUGGAGAAGGAGUACCUCUGGUACUCGUACGGCGACGGGAUGCUCGUGCUUUAAGUCGCAACACGACGGUCCUUGCUUUAGCAACUGCA